AUGAUCAGGGGGGCUUGGAUGUAUCCAAGAGAAGAUGACGCUGUGUUAAAAAUUUGUUGUGCACCAAGACAAAACGACAAACCCUGCGCUGAUUCCGAGAGGGCACAGAAAUGGCGAAUGUCUCUGGCAUCCCUUCUAUUUUUCACUGUCCUCCUCUCUGAUCAUCUGUGGCUCUGUGCUGGAGCCAAGCUCAGAUCCAAGGAUAGGAGCUUAGCCAUGCAGACGCCUUGGGGGGACGCAAGCCAGCGCGCCUUCCAGCCACAUUUCCUACUGACAGGGGAUCAACAGUCACAGGAGGGGAGGUGUGAGAUUUUUUUAAGCAAUUUGACCAAAUUUGCUGCUCCGAUCCCAUAUUGCACUGGUGCCCGGGGUCAUUUCCAUCUGGACUCAGCUUGCACCAAAUUGUAUUCCUUACAGCGACUCUUGGGCUCUUUCCCUUCUGUACCCUUAAGGCCACCCCCCUCCUCCUCCUCCUCCUCUUCAUCAGCCUCUUUUUUUUCCUCUUCCUCCUCCAAAAUAAACUUCUUAAAGGCUUAUUUUAGGAACUUCAACCUCUCUUUUUGUGAUACUUACACGAUCUGGGACCUGCUGCUGGGCAUGGCCGGCCCAGACAGCUUGGAUUGCAGUUUGGACAACCUGAUGGUGGAUUUCGUGGCUGCUGCAGCCGGUGCUCUGGACGGAGAGGCGUGUAGCAGCUGCGUCCAGGCUUAUCAGAGGCUGGACCAACACGCUCAGGAAAAAUAUGAGGAGUUUGACCUCUUGCUGGAGAAAUACUUGCAAUCAGAAGAGUAUUCAGUUAGAUCCUGCAUAAGAGACUGCAAGGCUGUCUACAAGGCCUGGCUGUGCUCCGAGUAUUUCAAUGUGACACAACAACAGUGCCAACACCGGAUUCCAUGCAAGCAAUACUGCCUGGAGGUGCAGACCAGGUGCCCCUUUGUGUUACCUGACAAUGAUGAGCUGAUCUAUGGAGGAUUGCCUGGUUUCAUCUGUACGGGGUUGCUAGAGAACCAAUUAUCCAAUGAGGAAGCGAAGUGCUGCGAUGUGCAAUGGGACUCUUGUGACCACCCACCAGACAGCAACUACAAUGCGUCCCCCAAAUCCACAGAGUCGGAAUCAUUCCAUUACCACCGUCAUGACCCCCACCUUCAUCACCACCAGCAGCAUCACUAUCACCUCUACCAGUACCACCAACCCCACCCACCAUCUUUGCUGCCUGUCUCCGCAGGGUCUCGCCUCAGCAACAGCAAAAUCAGACUGUGCGUCCUGGUCCUUAUGCUUCUCCACACCAUGGUGUCCUUCUCAAGCGUGCACAGCAGUGAGGGGACUGCCAGCAGGGGGCUGAGCUUGGAGGCCCUGCCUGCCAUGGAUGAGAGCAUAACAAGAGAUGAGUGACCCAGAGGGGAAAGGAAACGUCCAAGCAGAGUGCCAGCUCUUUUCCUGCCAAGGGGGGCACACGCUAUUCCUCCAAUGGGAGGCACAGGAUUGGGGGUGAUGCACACACACACACCCCUAGCCACACCCCCAAGAGCUGCUCGCCACGGGGCAUCCCCGUGAUGAAGAGUCUUUAAUGCGCACAGGGCUGCAGGACUCAGCUUUGAGAAGGGUUCAGUUAACAACAGCCUUUCAGCUGUGUGC